GCCACUGUAAUAAACGUCGCCUACAUCAGAACAACUAACCUGGACAUCACAAUGUACGGUAAACUGACUAUCCUUUUGGUUGCAUUGGCGACAUGUUCAGCCCAGUUCAUACCCAUUAAACCGUUACCGACGAAACUGAAGAUCCAGACGACGACAACAACACAGAAGCCGAAAGUGACCACUACUAAGGCCCCUCAGCCCAACCCUAACUCCGGGGGUCCAUCCAACAGUGGAUCAUGUACGUACCAAUUUCACGUAGCGGACCCAAAUGGACUGUGUGCAGGAACCUCGUCGGCUUUGGAUAAAAAGGUGGACCAAGUGAAACAAGAUUUGGACAAAACGAAGUUCCAAUACGUGUCACAGAACAGCAUGAUUCAGAACACUCUGGCGCGUAUACAGAGUGACGCCGCGGGUUACAUGUCAAAGCUGACAGACCUAAACAACGAGAUCCAAAAACUAAAACAGAUCGCCUCGUCUGCUCCUACAGGAACCGGGAAUUCUGCAGCUCUCAAUCAGAUGUUACAUGACACCAAAGAUCUUUUGACGAAGGCCAUUAGCGACAUCAACAAUAAAAUCUUCAAUAUCACCAUGCAAAUGCAGAAAAGCGCAGUAGAAGAAACAAAGAUUCAAACAGCAUUGAAUAAGCAGAUUAACGACCAGACAACGAAAAUUGCAGCCGCGGAACUGAAGUUAAUCACUCUAGAGAAUAUGUUGAAGAACAUGCAGUCUGGGUCUACCCCUGUCGCCACCAUGCCGCCACAACCCUUCACCACAAACUCAAUGCCAACCACAACAAAUGGCGCCCAAACCACCACUGGCCCUGCACCUACAGCGCCUACUGCUCUCUUGAACCAGCUCAAAACACAACUUCAGACGCUGGAGUCCGAGGUAAAACAAUUAGAACAGACCCAAACCAAAGAGAUCACUGAUCUCACCCAGAAAGCCGACCAAAUUAAGACCGACCUCGCCAACCAGACGACGGAGAUCGCUAAAGCUAAGACAACGUCACAAGCGGCCUUCGCCCGGCUCAAGGUUACAGAGCAAGACGUUCAGGACGCCAUCAACAACCUCACGCAGUUCCAGAAGAGGGUCAACCCGGAGAUGUCCAUCCUGCAGGCCGAGAUCCUGGAGACCAGUAAGAACGUUUCCACGGUGAUCUCCAGUCUCCAACAACUCGGCACCAGCAUCAUGUCAGACAAGAUGAAGAUCGUGAAGAACACAAUAAACAUUAGGAAGUUGAUUCCAGACGCCGUGAAGAUCAAUAGCGACCUACAGAAACUUAACACCACGAUUACAAAUCAAGCCGGUGAGCUGCUACAGCUUGAGCAGGACGUGCACGCGCUCAAAGGAAACUUUACCGCCAACGGCCAGUCGGCCAAACAGUACGUGGACGCCAUUAAGACAGACAUGAACAACAAGAUGUCCAGCCUCAACACCACCCUCAACUCGGCCACCUCCGACAUCAUGACCCUCAUGGGACAGUCCUCCAGACUCAGCCAGCUCUGCGGAUAGUCACGUGACAUUUCGUGCUCUAGAGACUAAUUUUUUUCUUCAUACCUGAGAUAUUUAUGUCAUAUGCUUGUACAAUGUGAUAUUGCUCCGCAUAUUUUUAUCGAAAUAUACAUUUUAGCAUGAUUGCACUUGUUAUUUGCUACAUAUUAAGGGUUUGUAUUUUUAUAUUUUCAUCAAUUGUCACUAUUGAAAUAAUUUAUUACACCUGCGUUUUUGUCAUUUAUAGUUUAAAUUUAAAAGAAGAAUAACAGAUGAUUUACUACACAAUAUGUUUGAAAGUUGAUUACGAGAUUGAAUUGGACUAGUCUAUUCUUACAAAGUACCGGAGUCUUGAAACUGAGGAUCAUUUCAAUUAAUUCCAAUUCAGUUUUUGAAUCACCGAAAUAACUGGUUUUGUAUAUUAACAUUCCUUUAAUUGAGAAGUUACAGUUAAAUAAUUUUAGGCACUGGAAUACGGAACAGUCGUGAUAUUUUGGAUUUAUUCCAGUAGUGAAUAGAGUUGAUUCCUCACCAUUUCCCUCCAUAUUCUAGUUAAUAGUUUAACUUAAAUUAUUCCGAAUAACUGACGUCUAAAUCAAAGGAGUCACGAGCUAUUGUGUCUUCGUAAUUAAAAUCUAGUAGUACCAAGCCAGGCUAUAUAGGGUUCACAUAAUGUCUGAGACCUGAUUUAUUCUGCUGUAAAAAUGUGACUUCUGUAGAUAUUCAAUAAAUCAUUCAACUGGUUAAAA